AUGCCGUUGUUCAAGCGCCGCGAAGGCUGCUCCAUCCGAGAGCGUUACGAGUUUAGGGAUGUUCUUGGCACUGGAGCUUUUUCUAAGGUGUUUCUGGCGGAAUGCAAGCAGGAGCCAGGCCAUAUGGUGGCUGUGAAAUGCAUCGACAAGAAGGCUCUGAAGGGAAAGGAAGAAUCACUGGAAAACGAAAUCAAAGUGUUACGGAAGUUGCGGCAUCCUAAUAUCGUCCAGUUAUACGACACGUACGAAGAGAAACAAUAUGUGUACCUCGUUAUGGAACUGGUCACGGGUGGUGAACUAUUCGACAGGAUAGUGGCGAAGGGAUCCUACACGGAAAAGGAUGCCAGUCAUUUAAUACGACAGGUAUUGCAUGCCGUCGCAUUCAUGCAUGAAAAUGGAGUGGUGCACAGGGAUUUGAAACCUGAAAAUCUGUUAUAUUUUAACCAGGACGAGGAUUCUAAAAUAAUGGUUUCGGAUUUUGGUUUGUCGAAAACGGAAGAUUCUGGGGUGAUGGCGACCGCUUGCGGUACACCAGGGUAUGUGGCUCCAGAAGUUCUACAGCAGAAACCGUAUGGAAAAGCUGUGGACGUAUGGUCAAUAGGUGUUAUCGCCUACAUCCUACUUUGCGGGUAUCCUCCUUUCUACGACGAGAGCGAUGCAAACCUUUUUGCUCAAAUUAUCAAAGGUGAAUACGAAUUCGAUGCGCCCUACUGGGAUCAAAUUUCGGACUCUGCAAAAGACUUCAUCUCUCAUUUGAUGUGUUGCGAUCCGGAACAUCGUUACACGUGUGAGCAAGCCCUUGAGCAUCCAUGGAUCAGUGGGAAUACGGCAUACACUACGGAUAUUCACGGUACUGUAGCCUCACAUCUUAAGAAGUCUCUCGCCAGAAGAAAUUGGCGGAAGGCCUACAAUGCUGCAGCCGCGAUCCGGCAGCUGCAGAUGUUGCGACUCUCGUCAAAUUCGAAUCGCAUCUCCUCGCAAAGGGCCUCCACUUCCGCAGCUUUUCCCGUUUAG